UCUUUUCACCAACGGACACGUUCUCUUAUGAUUGGCCAGGAAGGGGCGCGUGAGAGAACGAUCUUCAUCUUCAGCAAGUAAUCGUGGGUGUAAACAAAAUGCCCCGCAUUCUCUCAUCUUCUACGCAUCGCGCGCACAUUGUCAAAAAGCCUUUGCCAAACCUUUGAAACAGAAACAACAAUUAUUAUCUCCAUCCAUCUUUAGCAUCUUCUAUAUAAAUACAUUAACUGCUGCAUUUAACAACAGAUAUAUUAUCUUCUCUAAGCUUCUUUACAAAGACAUGGCUGCAGUAUCAUUCAAUAAUGGAGACGCCAUGCCUAUUAUAAGCAAGUUAUACUGUGCAUCUUCUCAAGUAGUUUUUCUUGUAAGGGAAAGGCCUCAUGCCGUGAAUGGAGGAGGUUUUGUAGUAACAGAUUGCACCCAGAAGGUUGUUUUUAGAGUUGAUGGCUGUGGAGUUGUCGGCGCAAAAGGGGAGCUCAUUCUGCGAGACUCUGAUGGAGACCCUUUGCUUCUUAUUCGUCGAAAGGGAGGGAUGGUUCAGGCUCUAAGCAUUCACAGAAAGUGGAAAGGUUACAGUUUUGACUAUGAAGGAUCACGAAAGCUUGUGUUCAGCUUGAAGGAGCCAAGCUCGUGUUUGGUAAGGAACAACGCAAUCAGGAUCUCUAUUGAACCCAGGAGAAGCAGAAGAGAUGGGGACUGGGAUUUUGAGAUCAAAGGUUAUUUCCCUGGCAGAGAUUGUAGUAUUGUUGACAACUCAGGCAACAUCGUUGCUCAGAUUGGAGCGAGGAAGGAAGCAAAAGAGGUGAUGACAAGCAAUGAUCUGUAUCAUGUAGUAGUGAAACCUGGCAUUGAUCAGGCUUUUGUUUUCGGAGUCAUAGCUGUUCUUGAUUACAUUUAUGGUGAGUCUACGAGGUGCUGAUGAUGCAGAAAACACCCAAGAAUGAAGAUGUAAUUUGGAUUAACUUAAGUUUCUCUGAUGGGAUUUGUAGAUUUGUGAAGUUGAUUAAAUGUAAUUAAUUGUGCUUUGUUUUAAAUAGAAACGCUUGGUAUACUAUUUGAAGUUGUAAGGUUUCUUCUUGAAUAUGGAAUUGAAUAGCUAGGAUUCUUACUUA